CGGAACUACCAAUGUGUUUAGCUUGUACGUAUCAACAACUCUUAACGUUGUACACUUUAGCAUUUUCUUGCACCCCCAUCUAUCUCCAACGAACCCCUCUACAGUUUCACCCCCGGUCCAAAUUCCAAGAUGUUUAACAGACAGACCAGCCUGUGGAUGGGUGAUUUGGACCCAUACAUGGAUGAGAACUUCAUCAAGCAGGCAUUUAGCGCUAUGGGAGAAUCACCGUUUGGAGUAAAGAUCAUCACUCACAGGAUAACAGGCGGUUCAGCCGGAUACUGCUUUGUUGAGCUUGCAGACGAAGGAAGUGUCGACCGCUGUGUCCAAAGACUAAACGGAAAACUUGUUCCUGGAUCAAACCCGCCCCGGAAAUUUAAGCUAAACUAUGCCACCUACGGGAAACGGCCAGAGGCAGGGCCGGAGUUCUCAGUGUUUGUGGGCGACUUGGCCUCCGAGGUGGACGACUUCCAACUGCAUCAAGUUUUCAAGAAGUACCUUUCCUGCAAGGGAGCCAAAGUAGUUACUGAUCAGUAUGGAUACUCCAGAGGCUACGGCUUCGUCAAGUUUGGGGAUGAGGGCGAGCAGAAGAAGGCGAUCGAGGAGUGCCAGGGUACGAUGCUCGGGGGAAAACCGCUCAGACUCAGCAUUGCUGUGGCAAAGAGCCAAAAGAUGAGCAACUACCAUGGGGGCCAGGGCCAAAAUUUCCAUAGCAACUACAACCAGUCCCAGUCCAGUUACUAUGGCACCCAAGGCAGCGGGGGUCAGGGGGGUUACUACCCUCAGUGGGGAGGCUAUGACCAGUACAGCGGCUGCAACAGCGGCUACAACUAUAACUACGGGCCCUAUGGAUACCCCCCACCAGGCCAAAUGGUGCCACCACCUCCCAUGGGGUUCCCCCCAACGUCUACAGACAUGUCCGGAGCUGUAGAGCAGAGCCACGAGGAGGGUGGGGAGAUAGAUGAGGAUAAUUCAGAAGAGCCCAUCCCCGAGUGUGACGUGGAGCAGUGGAACAAAGAUUUUAUGCAACGCAGCGAGGAGCUCUAUGACGCCAUGAUGAGCUCUCACUGGGAACCCAUGGACUCUAUUACCUCCCCCAUCCCGUCCCUUUCCUGAUAAAUCUACUUAUUCUGAUGCCCUAAACGUUUCAAAUAUUUCUCUUUUUAUGAUAUUGUUCUUCCCAUAAUAUGCCAUGAUCACAAUAAUGUUUGAAAAGGCCAACUUCAGUUCACUGUCUGUCACUGACACUGGCUACCUAAGCCUGCCUGAAGGCUGAGAGUGCAUGCAUAUGCACUCGUUCCUCAUCAAAAACAACACAAAUAUUCACUUAAUUUUAAUGUUUACCAUGUUGGUAAUUUUCAGAAAAGUGUUCUAUAGUCAAUGAAAUUAUUAUAGUACAUACGAUUUUUAUGAACACCUCAGUAAACCAGAGCAGGUUUAUGGCUGUAGCAUUGGAAACUGAAUGUCAUGUGUCAAUGUUUCCCCAUUUAUGAAUAUCACUGAAGUCUUUUGUUGAUCCAUGUUGAAAUGGUGACACCAGCAAAAGCUUGCUUCGUUCAUUGGACUUGACUUUUUAAAAGAGAUUUUUUUUUCCACAAGACAAGUUCAAGCUAUGCCUUAAUUUUUUCGCCAUGUACUUCCUCUUUGUCUAUGAUGGACAUUAAAAUGAUUUUGUGUAUACAGGAUAUCAGUUUUUUAUGGUCUUGUUCAUUUUUUAAUGAAGGACUUUGCGCCCCCAUUUUUUCUAUUUGUUCUUUAUAGAUUAAGUAAAAGACUUUUGGGCUGAUUAUGACAUUGAAUUUACUCAACAGCAAUCAAUCAUACAUUUAAUUUAUCACUGUUUUCCAGAUGAUGAGCUCAAUGUCUUCCUGUAUAAUGGAUGAAUGGUCCAACCUCCCAAUACUUUUGAGUGCUGUGAAACUAAAGGUUUUUUGAGGUUGACUGCUGAACUGAUCAGAUGUCAAGGCAGCAUUCAUUUCUGCUGUUUGACAGCUGAUGUUUUGUAUAUAUUUUCUUUGUGGAGAUGUUUUAUCAAUAAAACUGAGGAGGAAAAAAGUA